UGACCUAGCUUUAAAACUCCGUGGGUUUAAACACCGCGUUUUAAGAUUUUCUGUAAUAAAAAAUUGAAUAUAUAGAAAGAAAUAAAAACAAAAAAAAAAAUGAAAAGAAAAAAGAUGAACUAAAGUAGACUAGUCUUCCUUUUCUCUUCCACUAUUCAUCCUCUCCAUAUUCCUCAUUUCUUCCAUUUUCUCUCUCCUCCCUUCUUUCUCUCUCUAGGGUUUCUAUCCUUCAAUCCAUUUGUUUUCAUCUAUACGAUCUGUAUCUGAAUUUCAAUUGAAGUUUCUCAAUCGAUUAUCUUGCCCUAAUUUUAUCAGUAAUUUGAGUUGAUGGAGGUUCCAAUGGAGGAGAACAAGAAGUUGGAGGAGGCGAAAUUAACGUCGGCUGCCGCGUUCGUAGAAGGCGGCAUUCAAGAAGCUUGUGAUGAUGCUUGUAGUAUUUGUCUUGAGGAGUUUUGUGAUAGUGAUCCUUCGACGGUGACGGGAUGUAAGCACGAGUUUCAUCUGCAGUGUAUUCUCGAAUGGUGCCAGAGAAGUUCUCAGUGCCCAAUGUGUUGGCAGCCUAUCAGCUUGAAGGAUCCUACAGGCCAAGAAUUGUUAGAUGCUGUAGUACAGGAGAGAAACAUCAGGCUUAACCCACCGAGAAAUGCAGCAAUAUUUCACCAUCCAGCGCUAGGCAAUUUUGAGAUACAGCAUUUGCCUGUUGGUGUUAAUGAUGCUGAAUUGGAGGAGCGCAUAAUUCAGCACUUAGCUGCUGCUGCUGCUAUGGGCCGUGCUCGUCAUUUUGCUAGAAGAGAAGGCCACAGAGGAAGAUCUUCAAAUCAAGGCCGUCCACAUUUUCUGGUGUUCUCUGCUCAACCUGAUGGCCAGACUGGUUCUGUCUCUCUUCCUGAAGGAGGGCAGGCUGAAUCUACUCCAGCCAGUUCAGCUGUUACGCCUUCAUUGCUCAGAAUUGGAGGAGAAGCAUCGCCGCAUCUAUCCUUGCCUAAUUAUUCAAGCCACACAGACAUGGUUUCUGCCUCUGGAACUAGUGCCGGCCGUGCAUCACCCUCAGACAGUGGUUCUCCCAGUCAAUCUUCACCAAGAAGUCAAGAUAGAGCAGGUCCAUCUGAUCUCCAAACGUUUUCAGAAACUCUCAAGUCUCGGCUUAAUGCGAUGUCUUCUAGGUACAAAGAGUCUAUCUCCAAGAGUACAAGAGGGUGGAAGGAAAGGUGGUUUUCCCGCAAUUCUCCUAUGACUGAUAUUGGUUCUGAAGUAAGGAGAGAAGUGAAUGCUGGAAUUGCAACUGUGUCUAGAAUGAUGGAACGUCUGGAAACUAGGGAUGAUGAGAGACCCAGCAAUGAAUCUGUAUCUGACAGUUCUGAGAGCAGUCAAGCUCGAGACCCUGUUACCGAACAUGAGGUCGACUCAGUUGCAUCUCCUGAAGAGAAUCAUUUGAGUGACAACAGGACGCAAGCAGCAUGUGCUGCACAUUCUGGUUCUGAAUGAGGAUAAUGUUGGCCAUUGCAUCAACUUAUAGUGUUAGAUGUUGAAGAUACAGUUCCUGCGCGAUCGGGUGGAUGCUAUGAUUUUGAUGCUUUUGUCUCAAUAGCAGACUAGUAGGUAAUUUCCGUGUAUGGAAAAUGUCUUUUGUAAUUGUGAUAUGAAGAGAUAAUAAUAAAAAAAUACAUAGAGAUUCAUCCGAGCUUGUUAAAGAUGGUACCUCGAGUACGUGAUUGUAAAUUAUAUGUUUGUAUCUCGACCUAAAUUAUGAAAAUAUUUGCUGGCCAUGAUCUACUUGAGAUGGCUCGUACGGGGUUGAAGUACAAUUCCGUGGGCAUGUUUCACGCAUCUUACUUGUGUGCUGGAGAGAUCUCCAUAUCAUUAUUUGCGGUGCCCUCUUUCCAUUGAAUAUAAUCUAUAGAAUUCUAGUAGCAGAUCAAAAGAUGACUUUUUUAUGAGAUUGAUGGUCGACAUGAUAUUUGAUUAUAUAUUCCGUGUAUUUAAUGCGAUUCGCAGAGUAUGAAAUGUUUGGUAA